UUGUCAGUACACUGAAUACAAAAGAGUACAGACUUGUUCCUGACUCGUAUUUUCUUUUGUGUUUAGAUCAUAAAAUGUUUUUCAUCAUUAAAUGGUAUAACUUUCAAAACAUCUAAAUGUCGCAAACAGGGCUACAGAUUUGUUGGUGUGUUGCGCGGAAGUCAUCUGCAUCCUCAGAGCCGCUGCUUUCACUUCCAUCCACUUCACGAGUGAACGCUUCUGAGCGCAGUUGAUCUCUGUGACAAGAUCUCUAAACUUCAGCUGCUCGUCACGUGUGUGCAAGAUGAGAAGAUACUUUCUUGGAAUACUUUUACUUUUGAAAUAUUGCAUUUGCGUCGAUGUGGUGAACUUUGAUGGAGACAUCAAGGACUUUGUAGUUGGUAACAGUAAGUUAUUUGUUCUUACUGACCAUCGACUACAUCAGAUGAGACGCGAUCUAUAUGAGGAGAAGAGGAAAGACAUCAUUAAUGCCACUGACAAUAACAGAGUCAACAUUCUGGUGCCUUUUGACGCGAACGGCACCCUGAUAACGUGUGGGACUUUUAAAGAUGGAUAUUGUGAAGUUCUUGAUAUAAAUGUUAUUACAAACAGUAUUUACUAUGAAAGUAAUUUAUUGGUAGGACCAAGACAGGAUGAGAAAUCUGUCGCCUUCAUAGCCGGUAGGUACCUUUUAGUUGGGAAAAAGGAUGACGAUGAAAAAGCUCAAGGUAACAGGUAUUCUGUUGUUAGCUUGCUGAGCACUUUACAGUCUCAACCAGGAGGGAUUUUCUCAAAAAUGACAAAAGGAUCAUAUGCCAUCAUUCAGAGCACAGUGAGAGAUGUGGAGUUUGUUGAUGGAUUCCAGAGAGUUUCGCCCUCAGAAUCCUACAUAUUUCUCAACACAGAGACUGACAAUGAGAGGAAAGUGCUCGUCCUGUGCAUGAACAGCGCUAAAGAAAAAAAGAUAGACAUCAUCAAAUCCCUACAGAGUGCGACAAUACGAUGCUGCAGUGAUAAAGUUCGUCCAGUGCUCGUCGCCUGCACCGUUAUUCCCUCAGUGAACGGUGUUAUUUGGGCAGGUGUGUUCAGUGCACAGAAUCAGCAGGAUCCGGAGAACAGCGCGCUGGCUCUGUACGACAUCAGUAACGUUCAAGGCCGAGUGAAGGGCUUCUGCACUAACAAUGAAAAGCCAUGUGGUUCUGAGAGUGGUAGUGAACUUCAGCCGCUCUCUGUGGUGUUCAAGUACAGCUCAAUGUCAGCAGUGGCAGCAGUUAGACAUGGAUCCUGGAUUGUGCUCUUCAUAGGAACCAGUGAUGGACAACUCAUAAAGCUUAUACUGGAUGAUAAAUUCACACCAGGCUGUCCAACAGUGCUGUAUAAAUCUUAUGAUGAACAAGCAGUUCUUCCCAGAAUGCACUUUGAUCCAGUAGAUUACAAACAUAUCUACAUCGCUCUGAAGAAACAGUUAAGAAGAGAAUCUAUGGUUUCAUGUGCUAAAUACAGCACUCUGAAAAACUGCAGAGCUGCUCAGGAUCCUCUUUGCGGCUGGUGUGUGAACACUCACAGAUGUUCUACUCAAGAUGAAUGCUCAGAUACUUCAUGGGUGUCCAUCCCAAAAAACUCUCUUGAGACACAACUGUUUUCAUUUCAGAUGACAGAGAAUUCUUCAAGAAAGAUUACUCUAUAUCUUUCCUUGAGUCUGGAGAGCACAGGAAAUCCCGCCUUCUCAUGUGCCUUCACCAGAGGAAACAUGAAGCUGUGUGACGGGUCUGAUCUGUCUGCAGCUUUCCCAAACUGCUCCUGUAGUUUUUCUGACCAGAUGCUCUAUACUGGAGGUUUAAAAGUCUCUGUUACUGUUGAGGAUCAGAAGAUCACAGAGAUGCUGACACUGAGGAACUGCUCCAGUAUCACAGAAAAUUCACCAAAUGCUUCUUAUACACAGUGUGUUCAGUGUAUCUCGGCUGGAUGUCACUGGUCCUCUUCCUUGCAGCGUUGUGAAUGGACACAUGGACCCGGAUCACAGUUAAACAUAAAGGAUGCAUGUAAACAUCUACUCUCUGAGAUGGACUACAGUAUCAGCAUUGGGGAUUCUUGUCUUCACAGAAUGAGAGAAAAUACAAACUAUUUCUGCCUCAGUUCACAGAAAUCAUCUGGUCAAGUAUGAAGAAGUAUUAUUAACAAUUCUGGUUUCUCACAGCAAAAAUCUAAAGAAUAAAAAAGGCUGGGAGAGCAUGAUUUGCUAUUUGACAAGACUAGGCAGCUCUAUAGCUGUUAUACCUAUGUAUUGUCAUACAGAUGAGCAGAUGUUUUUCUACAGUAUUAUAUUAUCAUUAUUUUGGAUUUAACACACUAUCCAGUCUGUUUUUCCUGUUCAGUGACCACUGUGAUUUACAUACAAACAUACAGAAAUUGUAAGUAAACUUAUGAUAUAUUGCCCUUUACACAUAGGUAUAAAAAGUAUGCCUAGGAGAUCAGAAGAAGAAUAUUACUCUCAUCUCAUCUUUCAUCUUUCUAACUGGUCAGAAAUCUCCUGUCAGAUACUGUGGUGAUGUUCUCUAGAUGGCAGGUGGUGCUCUGCACUGACUUAUUAAUUAUAUCCUGAUUAAACACAGUGAAAUCAAAAGUUUCUACAGAGGACAAGCCUGCUGUUUAGUACUAUGAUACAGUUCUUUUGGAGUGAGAGUUGAUUGUAAUCUCUUUUUACUCUAAUCCUACACAAUUAAAAUUUUUUCUCUUAUUAA